GGACUACUGUUCGCCAAGGGUUGGGCGCCUCAAAAAAUUAGCCUGGCGAAGGACCCAACCAUAUCGAGGACCCAACACCACAUGAUGGUUGGGAAAAAUGUUGCACCACGGGGCGCACCGCUGAGCUCUGGGCGUCUCGCGGGGCCACCGGAUCUAUCACGCCAGGGCGAACGCCCGCCGCUGAGGGGGAGAACCUCGAAAUGUUAUGUUGUCCCCGAAGGUGCAACGCAGGACGUGUCGCCAGACCUGGCACGCGAGCCGUGCUGCGGUCUGGCGUGCGGGCAGGCCGCGGGCCCCGCACGGGGCGCUGCCGCUGCCCGCGCACGGCGCCAGGGGAGCUGGAGGCCACGGGCAGGCCAGGCCCCCCCCCCCGCGCAAACCUGCUGGAGCGAAGCGGCGUGAGCGAGCGUCCACAGGAGGGGGGGAAGAAGAACGGCUCGAGGCUCCGCCGUGACAGGCACGGCGGCAGGGCGCUCGCAGGCGCCCAGGCCCGCCUCGCCACAGGAGGGCGCAGGAUCCGUGAGCACCACUGCUGCACGAUCGGCUGGGGAGCAGCUCACACUUGUGGGCAGGUGCGCCAAGUGGUUCUUGGCGCUGCAUCUUUGUGUUUGUUGCCGUGCACGCCUGCCAGGAACCGGACACCAGGAAGGAUAGAGGAGGGGGGAGGAGAAUGAUGAGGAGAAGGAGGAGGAAGGACGGGUCGCCUUGGCCCUUCGGAGAAACCCUCCAGGGCAGCUCAC